GCCGCGGGAAACCCGGCUCUCCGGAGCGGCCCCGGGCUGCCGCUGCAGACAUGGCCCACGCCAAGAGCCUGGUGCUGAAGCCUUGGAUCCGAAGGCUCAUCCUGGGGUCAGAGGCGCUCUCGAGUCCGCAGGCGGGGCAGCUGCUCGAGGUCCUGCAGGAGGCCGAGACCGACGCCCCCGGCCCGUCCAGUGCCCCGGUGGCAUCGGACGUCGGAGCCUCGCUGCUGGUGUCCGACGGCACGCACAGCGUCCGCUGCCUGGUGACGCGGGAGGCGCUGGAGGCCUCGGACUGGGAGGAGAAGGAGUUCGGGUUCCGCGGCGCCGAAGGCCGCUUGCUGCUGCUGCAGGACUGUGAAGUCCGUGUCCACCUCUUGGAGAGCGGCAAGUCUGCCGAAUUCCAGCUACAGGUGAACCGUUUCAACGUGCUGCCCACCUAUCAAUGCCGGGAGUGGGUACUCAGCUGUAACCAGGAUGCAGAAGUGCAGAAAAAGCUAUCUGAGUGCUUAGAGGACCACCUUUCGGAGUUCACCUCCCCCAGUUCAGAUUUUACACUGACCCAGCUUCUGGAGGAAGUGGAGGAGGACCAGGAGCAAGGAGAAUCCCUAGUAUGCCUAGCUGAGAGUUGUCUGAUGCCUUCCAGCUUUGGCACCACACCCUGCCGCACCCGCUGGUCUGCCUUGCGUCUCAGGACCAGGGGUGAAGCUGUGUACACUGUCCCCAGUGUGUGGCUGCACAUCUCCGAGAGUGACCAGCAGAUCCUCCAAGCACUGGAACAGGGGGCACACAGUAAGGACAACUGGAAACACCAAGAGUUGGAAUCCCCUCCCUUAUUCAGCCACAUGCUGUCAGAGGAAAUCGAUGCCAGUGUCAGCCUUCUUCCUGCCCUGACCCCAGCCGAUCCAGAGCCAGAGAAGAGCAGCUCCCAGCCCCUGCCAACCCCGUGUUCAACCCCGGAUACCCUGCCCCCCAGCUCCCCACACUCAAGCCAUGUAGCCAACACUCCACUCUUGAGCGGCACCUCAAGUCCUUCACCCCUUCGCCACAUUCGUCCACAGCUGGCCCGUGGAACCAGGGCCAUAAAAACUAAUCUGCAAUUCAAAGAAGUAGGAUUGCCUCCCAAGACCUCUUCACCCUCUGCAAUUUCAAGAACCAGGAGAACCUCGGAGCCCAACCCUGUGUGGGACCCUCCAAAGCAGCAUCGUGAUGGUUCUGCUUUCCAAUAUACAUAUGAGCCUCCCUGUUCCACCCUUUGUACCCAGGUCCAAGCCACCAGGCUUCCUUCCAAGUUCCUGGCCUGGGCCUUGUUCUUUCUGAUGGAGCCACAAGCGGAAACUGAGCAAACCAAGGUGUGAGGGAGGGAUUAUGGGGAUUGAGGGAUUGUGUCUGCUUGUCUGGGCCCAGGGUGGACAGAAAGCACUCCAUGCUACUUCCUUUGAGUUUUUUUAAUAAAAUAAUCUCAUGCGGCAGGAAAGGAAA